AUGGUGAUGAAGACCAACAAAGCCAUGAAGGAGGCGCUCGCCAUGCUGAACGACUGGAUUGGCCCGCCGGUGCUGGCGGUGCUCGAGGACUGCAAAGCUGCGGGCACCAAGCAAAGGUUCGCGGCGGCGCUGCAGCACAUGACGACGGCCACGAUGAGCUACCACCCCUCUGAGGCCCUCACGCUGGAUGACGUCUCCAUUUUCGCGUACGUGAAUGGAGCGAUCAGUUCCUUCAGGCGCGGCAGCUUCGCGACCUUUGGGCGGGAUUUGGGCGGCAUGCUCAAGGAGCUGGUGCCCAGCGAGGCCAUCACGACCGAGUUGCAGGAGGAAGCUCCUCGGCCAUCGGGGUUGAAGCUUCGACCGGUGGAAUGA